UGCUUCGAGCUGUCGUUGCCGUUGCCGAAGCUGCAGGUCGCGAUUGUGCGAAUUGUCCAAAUAGGGCCGCAAUUGUACUUUUUGCUUAAUUCAGCGGUUUUUGUUGAACUUGGCAAAUCAUAGGAAUGUUUGACAAUUAGGUACAUAAGCUUAGGAAGACUGUUCGUGUGCUUCUCUACUUGAAAGUUUUGUGCUUUCGAUCUUAUUACUGCACAGAGGGUAGAAGAGGUGUAGAAAUCCAAUAUGGCUGACUUAGAAGCGGUGCUGGCUGAUGUCAGCUAUCUCAUGGCGAUGGAGAAGAGCAAAACCACCCCGGCAUCUAGAGCAAGUAAAAGAAUUCAACUACCUGAUCCAAGUAUCCGAUCUGUGAUGACAAAAUAUUUAUGCGAAAGAGGACUUGUUACUUUUGAUGAAGUUUUUGAGCAGCAUAUCGGAUAUAGAUUAUUCAGAGAGUAUUGCAAUGAACUUGACAUGCCACCUCACAUGAAAUUCUAUGAAGAGAUUCGAGCGUACAAGGAAACUGAUGAUGACGAAAGCAGGAAAGAAUUAGCAAAGUUGAUUUACGAUGAAUACAUCAUGAAAGAGUUACUGUCUUGUUCAUACGAUUUCACAAAAAAAGCAAUGGAUCAUGUCAGGGACAAGUUGAUGAAAGAAGAACAUCCAUUGGAUCUUUUUAAUCACUACAUUCCGGAAAUCAAGAAUAAUCUCAACAAAAUACUUUUUCAACAAUUUCUUGAAAGUGAGCAGUUUACAAGAUAUUGUCAAUGGAAGAAUCUCGAACUUAGUUUGCGGUUAACAAUGAAUGACUUCAGCGUCCACAGAAUCAUAGGUCGUGGUGGAUUUGGUGAAGUCUAUGGGUGUAGGAAAGCUGAUACUGGUACAAUGUACGCAAUGAAAUGCCUUGAUAAGAAACGAAUUAAAUUAAAGCACGGAGAAUCACUGGCAUUGAAUGAGAGGAUGGUUCUGCAAAUGCUUGAUUCUCCAUUCAUCGUAUGCAUGACUUACGCUUUCCAGACUCCCGAUAAACUAUGUUUUGUACUGGACUUGAUGAAUGGUGGCGAUAUGCACUACCAUCUCACACAACACGGAAUGUUUUCAGAAGAUGAGGUUCGAUUCUACGCAGCUGAGAUCGCUCUGGGACUCGGCCAUAUGCAUUCAAGGGGGAUUGUUUACAGGGAUCUGAAGCCGGCAAACUUACUACUUGAUGAAAAGGGUCAUCUGAAAAUAUCAGAUCUUGGUCUUGCUUGUGACAUCACAAAGAAGAGGCCACAUGCAAGCGUAGGCACACAUGGGUACAUGGCUCCAGAGGUCAUCAGUCGAAAUGUUUCGUACGGAUGUGGAGCAGAUUGGUUCUCAUAUGGAUGCACGUUAUUUAAACUAUUGCGAGGACAUUCACCUUUCAGACAUCAUAAAACUAAAGAUAAAGGAGAAAUUGACAGAAUGACGUUAACUACAGAUAUCAGGAUGCCGGAAAGUUUUUCUCCUGAUUUGUCAGAUUUUCUAUCAAGACUUUUGAAAAAAUCAGUCAGUGAUAGACUGGGUUGUGGAGAGACUGCAGUGGAGGAGAUACAAAACCACCAUUUCUUCAGUGGAGUAGAUUGGGGACAAGUUGAAGUUCAAAAGUACACACCACCUCUAGUGCCACCUAGAGGCGAAGUAAAUGCUGCUGAUGCUUUCGACAUCGGAAAUUUUGACGACGACGAAACGAAAGGAAUUAAAUUAACAGAAGAUAAUCAAGCCAUUUAUAAAGAUUUUGAUCUGACUGUGUCAAGUCGAUGGCAGGCUGAAAUAUGCUCAACUGUGUUUGACAUGGUCAACCAUGAAGCAGAUAAAAUCCAAAUGAAGAAAAAAUUGAAAAGUAAAUCAGUGGCCGAAGGAGACACUGAUUGCAUCUUAUAUGGUAUUGGAUAUAAACUAGGAGGCCCGUUUUUAACAAUGUGGCAGAAGCGUUGUCUUUUAUUGUUUCCGAAUAGACUUGAGUGGAGAGAUUUGGAGAGUUCCUCGUUCUCUCUACCAUCAAGUCAGAAGAACUUGAUAGUAUUCGAAGAUGUUUUAUCUUUAUCCGAGACUUCGGUAAAAGGUUUCAAACAAUGCGUUCAACUUGGAAUGAAAGAUGGAAAUAAAGAUAUUGUCUUCAGAUUUGAGUCCGAGCCUGAAUUUGUACAAUGGAUCAAAGACAUUGGUGUAGCAUGGCAUGAAGCGAAUUUACUAAUGAAGAAAGGACCAAAACUAAUCGCAAGUAAAAGAUCUGUUUCAGAAGAAGCUAAUUAUAAUAAGGCGAUAUUGGCAGCCCAGACCCGAGUAGCGACGAGCAAUGCACUGAACCACACAAAUUUACCAACAUAUCGGCAUAAACUUGUAUUGACAAAUGAAAAAGAUGAAGGGUCAACGAACAGCUAGAUUUAAUGAGUGAGCAAAGACUUUAAAAAGACAACAACUUCAAAACAUUCCAGGGUUUUUAGUCCCAGGAAUAUAGUAUGGAUUCGUUUAAAAAUCAAAAAAACGCCUCAAAACUAAUUUCUUGGGGUCUUGUCUGUGGCAAGGAAUUAAUAAAUCAAUUUCUUCCUGAGAAUGAAUAAAUUUUCGACAAAAAGCUGCCACGAUGGGUCACAGACUCUGGUUAUGUCGUGGGGAUGAAAUGUUUCCUGUGGUGUGUAUCAAAUUUUACGCCAUUAUAUUGACUUAUGGGUACAAUAAUUUAUAGACAGAAUUUGUAUUUCUAUGGUCUGCUUAAUAGAGGAUCAUGGAGGCUCAUUAACAAUAAAAUAUAAAGCUAACACAGAACAGUAGUACUGCACUUGAUAAUAAAACCUUUUGAAAUCAAAAUUUUACCUCAAAGAUCCCUGGUUUGGUUAGGUCAUUGAUCAAAGCUGCGGUAACAUUAUAAAUUUAAUUGGCUAUUCCAUACUGGAUUCUGACCUACCUAAACCUGUUGGAAGGCAUUUGAACGGCUGCUCCUUGGAAGUGAAAUUGUUUAGCACCUCAUACUAAAUGAAAAGCAAUAUAUUUUCCUUGUUAUGUGACUUUCAUUUCUUUGGGCUACUAUUUCAAUAUGCUUCUAUCGAGAGGCAUCUGGCUUCUUCACUACUAGCAAGUCCUGAACUAGCAGCCAUCAAUUUUAUAUACAGGGUUGCCCCAAACCAUGCUGAUGGUUAUUGAUAAUUAUUCUAAGUUAUUAAGUUAAUUAACUGCUACCCUACUUUUCAUCCCGCAAACAUUGCUAAUAUGUGUUUAUGGUAGACUAGGAUCAUUCCAGCUUGACAUAUCCAACAGAACAUUUUUUCUCCCUUUUUGGGGUGAUGAAAUUGGGCUUGAUUUUGA